GGGUAGACAACAAUGACCGAGGAAGGAUGGCGCCUAUUUCUAACAAAUGUCGGCAGAGCGGUUCGCCCGUUUAAAUUUAUUUCAUGUUCUUCGUAACGCACAACCGAUUGUUUUUGAAGAGAAAUCCGUGCAAGGUAGACUAACUUCUCCUUUGCUUAAUAUCCGGCAAGGAAUUUUGAAUCUAGGCUAGUGAACAUGUUCAAGUUGGCAGAUUUGGUAAUUUUUUUCUCGGGAAUUUUGUUGUGCAAAAUCCUUUAGGAUUUUCGUUGUGUUCUCUGCGUUUUCGGAGCAGUGACAAGGAGGACUAUUGGUGUCUGCGCUUGCCAAGAAAUGCGGAGCACUGAAGAUUCGAGGGUUCGUUUCAACAUCCAGUGCAGCUGAAAAUGGAUUCGAUGUGACUACAUAAUAUACCUGAGACACUGACUGACGAAGUGUUUCCCACGAGAUUUAGGUACACAAUCAGCAUGUCGAACCGCGAAGAUCCGGUCUCCACGGAGGACGAGAGCGAUUUAAGAGCAGGCGAGUCGUCACCGCAACUCAGCAGUCCGAACGAAGCCGAAGGCCCGAGACCUGCCGCCGACUCGGGUUCCCCCGUUGUCCUCAACUUCAGCACGACCCCGGGGAGGCUGAUGUAUCCAAGCGUCGAUGGAGAGUUCAUGCUGCUCGAAACCGACUCCGAAGAGCAAAUCGACAGUGUGCCACUUGGAGCGGGCCGCACACCCACCGAGGAAGAUGAGAUUGAAAGGAUCUUGUGCCUACUGGAGGCGAAGUUCCUUGCCGACGAGCCAAGCCAACAUCUCUUGAGAACGCUGCGUCGUCUGCUUCCCGAGUACAGGACUCGGCUGAACUUUUUGACGCAGAAGGUUGCUCAGCUUGAAGAACAAGUGAAAUCGGAUCGCCAGGAGAGUUUGCGGAAACAGGAAGUUCUCCUCGAGCAACACAGCCAAAGGUUGAAUCACCUGGCCGAGAACUAUGUGAGUCGCCAUGCUUUGGUUCAGGACAGAGCAGCCAACUCCAGGGCCCAAGUCGACGGUCUGUCCCUGCAACUGGCACAUGCACAGGCAGAACUCCAGAGGCAAGAAGAAAAGCUCUCGCUGGAGAGGGAGCGGUUGGUGGAGGAACAUUCACAGCAACUUCAGGCUUUGCAGGACAAGAACGACCAGCUGCAACAACAGCUCGCAACUUUGCAAGCAGAGAGGCAGUCCCUUGAAUCCGCCAACGAAGACCUGCGAAGGGAGAACCUCGAACUCAGAGCCAAGCUCGAGACAGAAAUGAGCACCGUUCUCGACCAAAAGGACCAACUAGAAGGAGACCUGGAACGGCAGGAAUCCCACAAGCAGGACUUGCUGACACUCCUCGAACACGAGCGUGGUCUCAAUCGAGAGCUCAGCUCUUCCAUGUCCCACCAACAGGAACAGAUCGUGAUCCUGGAGGAACGCCUUCAGGCGGCGCUGGUCGACCUCAAGCACAAGGACCGGCUCCUCGAAGCCGUGAGGACAGAAGCCUUCCGCAAGACGUCGGCGGCCUUAGACCCCUCCGGUCGUCGAGAUCUCCUGAGGCUCAUCGCCCUGUCGCGAAGCGGUUCGUCCAAGAGUCCAAACACCGACGGGAGCACAAAGGCAGACAGCGGCAUCCAGGGCAUGUUGUCCGCCGACCGAAGCCGCACCGACGCGUCUACGAGCGCCUCGCAGGCCUCCCCAAAGCGUACUCAAUCCCUGGAUCGGGAACUCGCGGAACUGCGCCUGCGGCAAGAGGACGCGGACGCGGAAGUCCUCCGGGCCAAGCGCCGCCUCCGCAACACCACGGACGAGCUGGUCAAGUUGGCAAGGCUCACGGCUGAGCGGACGGCGCAGUUGAAGCACCUCGGGCAGCGGGUGCAUACUCCGGCGGCUUCAUUGUCGACCCCCGGCGGCUAUGAGUACCGGAGCGAAAGCGCCAAUCCCCAGGAGUUCCGCACGGGCAGCAGCGGUUUCGUGCCCUCCUCCGCGAGGCCGUUUUCGAGGACGGUCCGAAAGGUCGGACGCAGGAGGCCGCCUAACCUCUCUUCGACGCCAGAGGAGUCUCUGAACUCUCUCGCGGACGUGUCGAGCAUCCGAAACACGGCAGACGCCGGAAACCGGCGCGCAGGAAGUCCAUCGGAAGAGUUGUCGCGCGCGUCAGACGACGUGUUUGAGCCGGAAUCGGCGGGUGCCACGCCAUGCCGGCAGUUCGGCGUCGGAGUGCAGCGGGGGUCGGCGGGGCGCAACACCGCGGCGAGGGGCGUCGUCGAGGGAACCGUCCAAGACGACCGGAAGAGUCGCAGAGAUCGGGUGGACGAGGAAUGUCCCGGUCUGAAGACAAUCUCGCGUAGCCCGUGGCUGCGUGGAGACGGCGUCGUCAAGAAGAGGCCCGUUUUUGGAUCGGGCGCGACGUUCGGAGGGAACAUCCACGGAGGGGUUUGGGGCUAUGUUCCGCCGACUCAAGACGGUGCCACUAGACGCCCAACUGCGAGCGGUUCGAACCGGGGUUGGGAGGGGAGGGCCGCAAGAAGGUCUCUCAGCUUCUCCGGAGAACCGCCUUGGGAUAACACUGCAGCAGCGCCUUUCGUGUUUUGCACCACGGCACCUCCGGCAAAUGGCGGCACCAAGUCCGGUUCCCAGGAGAUCGGUUUCCAGACGCAGUCACUUCCGACGCCGGUGUACCUCAAUGUUCACGUGCAUUCCCAUCAUGUGCCAAGAGACGCUUAGCUGCGCUUGAGCUGUGCAGUCUUCUCGAAGGGUGUUGCCCACUUCUCUACGUUUCUGUUUGCACAGCAUGCAUUUCUUAACCUAACACGGCCUUCUCGUGUACCAAACACCUUCCAGUAGUAUUUUUUGCUCAUUUGUAUUGCAGCGCAUGUCGGCAUUUCAGAUGGAACAGAAAAAUACUGCCUUCUCCCGUGGCUUUUUCUAAUUGUUUUGCAAAAACACUGGGACUAAGCUUUUUAUUUUCAGGUUAACAUCAAAUAAAAUUUUAUCAAUCUUAAA